ACAUGUUUAGUGUUCUGUGUAGCUGUGAUAAGGAUAUGCGUAAUCAGUCCACUUUACCUGUUGACAAGCGUAAUAUCAUCAGAUGGGACUAGAACUGGCUGAGUUGACCUGGCAGUAAGGGGAGACAACAGUAUGGCGGGCGGGUUAGCCGGGUCCGACAUCAUGCGGCUACAGAACAGCCUCAUCGAUCUGAUGUUGGUGGCUGGUCUCGACGAAAACUCGGGACUUAUACCCGAGAAAUCAGGGAUGGAGCCAGAGGAAAUCCUGGAGAACCUGUUUGAGAUGAAGUUCCAGCCCCAGGUCCUCUCUGCCGUCUCCUCCAACACGAUGAUGUACUUCUUCCCUCACCCCAGGCAGGACUACGAGUAUCCUCUUCUUCAGUCUGAUUUGAAGCAUGACACUAAACAUCACCAUUUUCUGAAGUCGGCCAAUGUCUACAACACACUAGACUCCAUCCCAAAGAGCAAGUUUAACAAAGCCAUGCACCAGUCCCGUAUGACCCUCAGGAGCACCUCUGUGACCCCGGGGUCAAUCAGCCGACACAUGUCUAUCCGGCGUCCCAUUACAAAGAAAUCCAUCUACUGUAGUCCCCUCGUCAGCAAUCAACAGUUCCCCGUCCCUGAUGAAGUCAUCAAGUCCAUCCAAUACUUCUGCUUCCCCGAUGAUCUCCGAAUUACAAAACACAAAGGUGACACCUUGACCCACUUUUUAGUCCUGACAGAUAUCCAUGGCAACAAGACGUAUGCCACCUGUGUAACCUUCUACAGACCUUACUUACUGGAAAAGGAGUAUGAUGGAAGCUUAAUUCCACACCUGGAUCUAUCAGGUGACAGUUCUACCACCACGUCAGAAAAUGUCCGCUGCUUCAUUCCUCUUUGUUGUGUCCUCAUUUCUAAAUACCCCUACUUUGAGACCAUGAAGGACUGUCUGUCCUAUAUGGUUCACCAGAUAGAGACAGGACAGGACGACAUGUACACCCACAUCAAACUAUUCACUCAUAAACUGACAAUGACCCCAGUACCCCCCGCUGGAAGGGUGGCCAUUGAGUUUGGUAUCCAGGAUGUGUCAUUCAUCAUAAGACCUUCACAGGAGGCGGAGAAACAAGUGAUUGACAUUCCAUUGUACCUCCCUUUCCUGAUCUUCCCCCCGGAGGAAAUACUGAGGAUAGUAUCCUCUAUCCUGAUGGAACAUCGUAUUGUCUUCAUCGCCUCAAAUUAUGCCUUACUUACUGUGGUUAUGGAGAGCUUCCUAAACUUUAUCCUACCAUUUGAGUGGAAGUACACGUAUGUGCCGAUACUGUCUAGUAAAUCUAUAGAACUGCUGGAUGCUCCGGGGACAUUUAUGAUGGGCUGCCACUCCAAGUACAAGGAACAAGUCAAUCAGGUUGGAGGUCUAGUGGUGGUAGAUAUAGACGAGGGGUCACUGAGUAUAAACCCGGAGUUAGCCGAGGACUCGCGAUCUUCCGUUUCUGUGGACAGCGACAGUAUCGAGGAUUUACUAGAUAUCCCAGAAAUCCCUGAAGGUGCCGCACAACUCUUCCUCAAGGUCUGCCGCAAAGCCAAGUUCCAGUUUGACCUUGUUGAUACACAAAGACCAAGUCAUUUUGACUUAAAAGCUGAGCGAGCAUACAGAAAAAGAAAAAUCCAAGCUUUGAAUGAAUUCAUUGUUGCUGGAUGUUUAGAACUCAUGGUUAAUCUGUUUAGGAGUGUGGUAACAGAAACUCGUGUAGAAUUUAAAAGAUUUAACAAACAAGCUUAUUUAGAUUCUAAGUCUGGAGCAGAGAAAAGCUUUUAUGAGCAAGUUCUGAAGACAAGCAUGUUUAAAAAGUUUCUGAAAGAUCGUAUCAAUGAUAAAACAGACUACUGGGUCAAAUUAGAGGUCAAAACAAGGCCGCAGGCCAAAAUCUCGGAAAGUGGACCUAGUGUUCCAAGCAGACGUCCCCAGUUGCGGAAGCAGAAUUCUAUCGCUAUCAUUCCUGUGAAUGCUCUUUCCUCCCAGAAUUCCCCAGUACUGAGGAUGCCGGACAUUGGGAAUCGAGUGAUAGAUUACCUGAAGGACUCAAUCAAACUUCUGACUAUUGCUGUACAGAAAAGCCAGCAUUUCCAGGAGCGGGCCUCCUACAUCUACUUACUGGGAAUGUUCUACCUCGCCUGUAACAAGCUGAUCCUCGCUCUGGAGAACUUUAUCUCACUGGCAGCUAUUGACACCCAGAUCUUACCAAAACAAGUGGUUCAACAGAUCUGUCAACAGCUGGAAGAAACCGAGUUACAGAAGUUAAUGGCCAAGCCAGGAUUUCACGCCCUGCCGGAUAUCGUGGGGCCCACGGUCACGGAGUCUGUCAUCCACAGUCACAAGAAGUUUGAGGAAUCCAUCAAUCUCCCACAGAAAGAUCUCUAUUACGAUGAGUUUGUGGAAUGUGUCUCUAUGUUGGAGAUGACCAGUGACACAGACACAAUCGGUCGAUUAUUCCGGGCUCUCACUCCCUCACAAAUCCACCAAAACUUCAUUGAUCAGGAAACCUUUGCCUCAUUUACCCACUGCUGGAAGGAAAACAGCAAGCAGUGCCUGAGUCUGAACGUUAAUGAAGACGACCUUCUGGAAGCAGAGUGUGUCCUCAAAAUGUCCUCAUUAUGUAAAACAGACUAUGGAACAGGGAGGGUGGCCCUCACAGACAGAAGACUUUGUUUCGUGAAAGACAUUUCCACUGAGAUGAGGGAAAUUAUGCGACUGAGUAAGAUAGAAGAACUGGAGAAGAAGUCUAUGUUUUCAUUCCUAAAGCAGGUCAAGGUCCUAAGGAUCAAAAACAAAGAUGGGAGUAGGUUCACGGCUUGGCUGAAGGAAGAGAGGGAUGAUUUCUGUUUGUUGAUUGAGGAGAUGUGGGCAGGUAAAAUUGUGUGCGAAUCCACGAAGGACAUCCACGCCAUACAGAAGGCUGCCCAAAACGUGCUGCUGGUGGACGCACUGCUACAGAGUGGCCUUGAUGAGGAGACAGCUCACCAUAAUAACCGGGAGGAGGCGGCAAGACAGCUGUGUUUCUACAGAAAGUACAGGGAGGAGGGUCACCAUAACGUCCCCCAGGAAACCAAGGAGGUGUUACAGAACCGUAUUGACCCCAACUACGGGGAACGAGAGAGGAAGACAGUACACGCUCUACUGUAUACCCCAGGAGUUCCUGAGCACUCCAUCUCUCCCCGUUUGUGGGUGGGGCUGGGAGAUGGGAAGAUUAAGGUGUACAACGCCUCCCACUGGCUUCUGGAGUCCGAGUUUGUCCAAACAAAACAAAGUGUGCAAACCAGCAGAAAAAAGUUAGAGAUCCAGGGCUGUGUAAGUUUCAUGGCUGUUUGUGUUAAUUCCUGUAGCUUCACUUGAAACCAUUCAGUAUAUCAACCUGUUGUCAUUGUGGCACAAAAUCUCUCGUUGGUUUUCUUAAGCUCCCUGUACUAAUAGAUGUGUAUGUGAUUAUAAAACUAAUAGUAGCGUAAGCUCUGUGCAUGUGGAAUAUUUACAGCAUGGUUAAGAUUAAUACUCAGCAAGAU